AUGUUUAGCUUUCUAGAGAUGCACCAAUAGUUCUUUUUUAUUUAGGUACCUCUAUAGGUUUGUUUUAUUUAAUGCUUUUGGCUCCAGAUGUAUAUCCUCCGCCACCUCGUUCUUGGUGAGCGAAAUUGUUACUUCUAAGAACUUUUCAGAUCAAGUUUAAUCGUGACAAAAUGAUUAUUUUGCAAGGUAUAAUGAUAGUGAGGAUAUUCUAAAAGAAACUUGGCAUUUUGAUUAUCCCAGACGACCAGACAUGGCAGAUAGCUUUUAUCCUGGGUUUAACAUUAAAUUGCUAAUGUGGGACAGCUAUCUUAUAUUUCAAACAAAACUUAAGAAGGAAGAGAAGGUUGACCUUGCUGAAGCAAUCACUAGUAGCAUCCUUUCAACUGGGAGGUCCUUCGCAAUUUCUUCAAUUCUGCUUGCAGGGAUUGUUAAUGUAUCAUGGUUCAUAGUUUUUUAUAUUACUUUAACAGGGCAUAUCGAUCUUAAGAGAAAACUAUUCUGCAGCAUACAACUGAUUGGCGGAGUGGCUUUGACUGAGGAUCUCAUUCCCGGUGUAGAAGAAAGAGUAUUUCAUGCAAUUCCUUCAGAUGAAGCAAUUGAUACAAACGAGGUCAACAUGCUCUUUCCUUGCCAUGUCGCUAUCAUAUUUUCGUUGCUAUAUUUAGUUGUUGACUAUACGUGGAGAUUAGCUGGUCAUGCAGCUUUAAUUUCAUUGUAUUGGUGACCACAUGAUACGCAGCAUCAUUUAGCACAAUGUUCAAAUGUUAAAUGGGUCGAUUUUGUGGAUGUUUUCGAUUGAUGGUAUAAAGGACGACAUUCUAUCUAUGCUUCUAAAUUGUCGUUUGUCAAAUUUCUUAAAAACAUGUCUUGUUCAAAGGUUGAGCCUUGGUUUUUUUUGGCGUCUCAAUUCUAUCGCAUGACUUGAGCUGGCCACCAUUCAUCUCAUGCUUUGAAGAGUUCGUCAUAAAGGUUAUUUAAAAGUGCAGUAUUCUUAAGCUAUGACUUACGAACAGUGCAUGUGAGAUAGAUAAUCCAUUACGACUGAAAUUUGUGCACUUCUGGAUUGAGCAAAAUGAGUUGUAGUCUUUUGUUUAACACUACAUAUGAACUUUGUGAGUCUUUAGCAAGUUUUGCAAUUAAGGACAUGCCCUACUUUUGUGUCAUGGAACGGUGGAGCAGUAAGAUAAGCAUUGUAUCAUCACAUUUUCUCACUAUUUUUAUUUUUCUGUAAGAAGAUGAAUUUUGUCUAAGACUCUGUAUAUUUGGUGAGUUGAAUAUGACUCGUUUCGUUUAUUGCCUAAGGGAGAAUUGAGAGCUAUUUGUGU